AAUUUUAUGUAGUAAAGGACAAGAAAUAAUUUGGUUUUCCUCUUGCCACUGUACUGCUCAGAAAAAGAAAUGGCGUUGGAGAAGAUCAAGGUGGAGAGCCCCAUCGUUGAAAUGGAUGGUGAUGAGAUGACCAGAGUUAUUUGGAAGUCUAUCAAAGAUAAGCUUAUACUCCCAUUUUUGGAGUUGGACAUCAAGUACUUUGACCUAGGACUCCCUAAUCGCGAUGCCACCGCUGACCAGGUCACUGUACACAGUGCUGAAGCGACACUCAAGUACAAUGUCGCCAUUAAGUGCGCGACUAUUACUCCAGAUGAAGCACGUGUGAAGGAGUUUAACUUGGAAAGAAUGUGGAAGAGUCCGAAUGGGACUAUUCGUAACAUUUUGAAUGGUACUGUUUUUAGAGAACCAAUCGUCUGCAAAAAUAUUCCGCGCCUUGUCCCAGGUUGGACUAAGCCGAUCUGCAUUGGUAGGCAUGCGUUUGGUGACCAGUACAGAGCUACUGAUGCAAUUAUACCAGGACCAGGAAAGCUUAAGCUAGUCUUUGAUGGACAUGGUGAAAAGAUAGAUAUUGAGGUUUUCAAUUUCAGCAGCGGUGGAGGUGUAGCAUUAGCCAUGUACAACACUGACGAGUCUAUCCGCGCAUUUGCUGAGGCUUCAAUGAACACUGCUUACCAGAAGAAAUGGCCACUAUAUCUUAGCACAAAAAAUACAAUUCUUAAAAAAUAUGAUGGAAGAUUCAAGGACAUAUUUCAGGAAGUUUAUGAAAGUCUAUGGAAAUCCAAGUUCGAAGCUGCUGGGAUAUGGUAUGAACAUCGUCUGAUCGAUGAUAUGGUUGCUUAUGCUAUGAAGAGUGAAGGAGGUUAUGUAUGGGCCUGUAAAAACUAUGAUGGAGAUGUUCAAAGUGAUUUCUUAGCUCAAGGGUUUGGAUCUCUUGGGUUGAUGACAUCUGUUCUGGUGUGCCCCGAUGGAAGGACCAUUGAAGCUGAAGCAGCACAUGGAACUGUUACCCGCCAUUUCCGGGUUCAUCAAAAAGGAGGUGAAACCAGCACAAACAGCAUAGCUUCAAUUUUUGCUUGGUCACGAGGUCUUGCACACAGGGCAAAGCUGGAUGGUAAUGCCAGACUGUUAGAUUUUACUAAGAAACUGGAAGGAGCAUGCAUUGGUGCUGUUAAAUCAGGAAAAAUGACCAAGGAUCUUGCACUUCUUAUUCACGGGCCUAAGGUUACCAGGGCUCAUUAUCUGAAUACAGAGGAGUUCAUUGAUGCAGUAGCUGAGGAGCUGAGAAUAAGAUUGUCUAGCAAAGCAAAAUUAUAAAUUGCGGGCAGUUAAGCUGGCUUGGCGCUUGGCAAUAUUGUCUUUGCUGAUGUUUGGUUAGAGAUCCUUUUCACAUUUAAGUAUGAUUUUCAUCAGGAUGGGGAAGUCAAUUAUAUGACAUUAUGUCAAAUUAAAUAAUAAAUGAAUAGAAAUAAUUUUACACCAAACAAUAAUAUUUAAGUGAGAAACCCUUGCCUGAAAAAAACUAAAUGAAGCCGAAAACAUUAGUCUUUUUAGCUUAUUCGGGCUUACUUUUCCCUUAAAAGUUCCAAAGGGUUUAUCUGUUAUUUCAGCUCUGCUGUGAAAUUAAAUUUAUGCAUGAUCUGUAUUUUACUA